AUGACGGCUGUUGCGAAUCCUCCGAGUUUCCAGCAAACCAGUCGGUCGGCAUGGAGUGCUAAUGUUAGCCAAGGAGGUCUGAAUGCCAUGAACGCCGACGAAGUCGCCCGAAUGUUCAUGCCACGGAAAAGCGCUCAACGCGCCAACUCAUCCUCAUCUAUAUCCUCAAACUCCUCUACCUCUUCGACAACUACAAUUCCUUCGCCAGCUCCUCAACUAAAUGGCGUUCCAAUGCAACCUUCGAACGACCUCAGCACGUGGGGAACCGCUGCAGCAAGGAAGAAGACCCAGAGAGCAGGGCCAUGGCCAACAAGCAAAGCGGAGGCGUUGUCUGGCGUGUCAGGAGCGCGACCAUCGUCGACAUUGACCACAAAUGGUGGGCCCAGUGCGACUUCGAUGACAGCGGCCUCGCCGAUUGUGCCCUCACAACACCUCCUCCAGAGCCCCACACAACAAAUAAAUGGAAACCGACCUGCUACUCAACCUGUCGGCGAGGGAAAUCCCGUUCUGUAUCUUCUCUCUAUGAAUGGAACCUUUGAACGGAAAACGAUAUCUGUGCCCUUCUAUCCCGAUAGCCUACGAAUUGGACGACAAACAAAUGCAAAGACUGUUCCUACCCCCGCAAAUGGGUUCUUCGACUCGAAGGUUCUGUCGAGGCAGCAUGCAGAGAUAUGGGCUGAUAGAAAUGGUAAAAUUUGGAUCCGGGAUGUCAAGUCUUCCAAUGGCACGUUCGUCAACGGUGCUAGACUUUCUGCUGAAAAUCGAGAUUCGGAACCACACGAGCUUCAAACUCAGGACCAUCUGGAGCUUGGUAUCGACAUUGUGAGCGAAGACCAAAAGACGGUAGUUCAUCACAAGGUAGCCGCAAAAGUUGAGCACGCAGGAUUUCUAGGAGCAACGAACAAUGUCAUGGAUAUGAAUUUCGGCGAUCUAGAUCCAGCCAACGGAGCCAUGAUGUUGCCUUCCCAAGGCUCUCUACAAAUGAGGGGUAGAGCAGGAAGCCAGGGGUCAGUAGGUAGUAAUGGUCGAUUGGGACCUCCGACCAGUGUGGCAGGAAGUCAAAUGAGUGUCAUCAGCCAGCAGAGACCAUUGAACUUCUGGCUAACCCCAGUAACGACAGAACAGAUUGUGAAAAGGCUCGCGCAUGAAAUGAGAGCCGCAAGGUUACAAUCGAACGACCUAGGACGCACUGACACGUUUUUUGGAUCGUUACUUUCGAAGGAGGAUAUAAAAGAGAAUGACAAGGCCCCUGCCGUCGAGGCCGCAAAAGCUACACAAGUGAAUGGGACGUCACUCCCAUUCCGAACCGACCCCAAACCUCGCUUCUCGGACCCCCCCGCGCCCCCUCCUCAACAACCUCUUCCGGAGAAGCCCGAUGUUGCACGUACACAUAACUUCGAGCCUUCUUCUCCUUCCCUCAAACGAACAAACACCGAACGACCCCGAUCCGUACCAAAUGAAUCCCCUGUUCGCCAAGAGCCGACAAGUCAGAUCCUCACUCUGGUCGAGGCUUUGGCAUCUGCCAAGAAGGAGAUAGAUAUUCAGAGCGCUCGAAUGAAGGAUCUCGAAGAAAUGCUACAAAAAGAGCGGCAGGCACGAGAAUUGGCGGAGGAGGCAGCAAAACGGCUAGAGUUAUUACAAUCCGAGCCCAAGACAAACGGCCACGUCAAGAGCGUCGAUGAAGGAUCGAUUGUUGAAGACGCGUUUGAACCCCCGGUGGAAGUUGUUGAGAAGGCCGGACCAGAGUCAUCCGAGCCAGCUCUCGAUGAAAAGGCUGUUGAUUCGAAAGUCGUUAGCGAGUCUACACUACUACUUGAGAAGCGGCUGGAGGCUAUGCUUGGUGAUAUGCAAGAACUGAGAAAUCAAAUGGAGGCUUUCAAGCAAAGGGCUGAGACUGCUGAAUCGGAACGGGACGAGGAGCGAAAGGAACGAAAGACUUUGGCAGAGAUGGUAGAGAAGAUCAGGCAGAAAGAGUCAGCGAAACAAUCAUCCCCGACUGAAAGAGCAAGGUCGCCAGCUGGCAAAGUAAUAGCUGCGGAGCACCUACUCAACGGCAAAGGCGACUCCCUGCAUGCAACUCUGGGCCCUCUUCUUGAAAAAGCUGGGCUCACAAAUGGGAGUCCUGUUAGCUCGGACGAGAAGGAGUUGGGACGCUCUGCUGUGGGCACUUUAUCGAGACCACCCGGCGGUCCUUCGCCCUUACUAUAUAACACCACGCCUUACGCCUCGAUGUUGGGAGUUGUGCUGAUAGGUAUGGGGGUAAUGGCAUACUUAAAUGGUUGGCAGCCGCCGAAGGUGGAUCGAUAA